AGCACGUUUGUAAAUAUUAUUGAUGUGAGCAAGAAUUCAAAUAAUCAUUUAUGCAGCAGCCACAGGCAAAAACAAUAUAACUACUUUGUGUACAUAUUUUGCUUAUGUACUGGCCGUUGAAGGCGAUAAAGCGCAGAGGAGCAAAAGAUUUCUUGGAAUGUAUUUCGCUGACUUAUGCAUUUGAUGUUGCGGCUUGCAAUUGAAACUGAAAUUUAGCGCAUAAAAACAAAUAAUAUUUAUGGUCGCCGCUGAUGGUAUUGUGGAUCAGUGCGCCAAUUGCCUUGAAGCUGAUAAUAACGCGCCGAGAUUUUGAUUUUUCAUUUUUAAAUCUAUUGAGUUUUGUUUACGGGUGCUGCAAAAUGUGUGAAAGCCGUGAAAUACUGUUGGAUGCCAGCGAUGAGCGCGAUAAUAAUCCAGAGGUGAUCAUUGAUGCGGCCCAACUGGAGGCUCAGCACGAGUUUAUGGCGCCGCCAUAUGUCAGUCGAUUCGAUUCGUACAAGCCGCAUGUCUUUUUCAGAUCACAAAGUUGGUCCACUUUGGGCAUUAUUUUUUGUGUUUUUUACAAUUGUUUUAUACUUGUAAUAUUAUUACUAUCAUUUAUACACUCCAAGUUGGCACAUUAAAUCAUCAUAAAAGUG